AUGAAGCCGUCUCAGCCAUUGAUGGCGCGGUUGCGCCUGACUACAAAACAAGUUAAUCGAGGUUACUACAAGGGUAACCGAACGGGAUCAAUGGGUUUCUUCCUGAAGACCGGCACAUAUAUCAUCGACCCGAGCAAAUUGCGUACAUACGUUGUCCCCGAGAACUUGGACAGUUUCAAGCUCACUCCUUUUGUUACGAAAUCAUUCCUCCCAACACGAACAAAGUACACCACCGAAGAAGACCGAAACGGCUUGACGAUAUCCAAGGACCGCGCAUUUAACGGAGAAGAUUAUUUGGAUCUAUGGGAGAAGCUCAAUCCUCGAGAGCACGAUGACUGGUCAAACAAAUGGAGAUUGAAACGGGCCAACCUCAAGGCCAAGGCCGAGGCUGACUUGGAGAAGGUGAUCAAGUUGGAUGAGAAGAACAAGAAAAAGAGGAAGCUCAAGGGUGGGCGCACCCUAGCCCAACUGAAAAAGCAAGGACUAUAG